AAAAUAAAGGACCUCACUCUCUAUUUCGGUUUGGCUUCUCAUCAAAGUUUGCUUCCAUCUCUUUCUCUCUUGGUGAAUUCAAUUUUUCAUUUCGAUUCAGUAAAACUGUGCUACUGUUUGAGAUUGCAGUGUAGAAAACUGGGUUCUAGUUCAACUGUUGAAAACAAGUACAGAGCUUUUGACGACAUGGUGUUUUUGGAUUGAUGAAGCAGAGUUUGGUUAGAAAUGGCUGGACUGAUCGGUGACGGCAACGGGUGCUAGAAGAUGAACAAACAGAACGAUGUCAAAGAAUUAACCAGGGGACAGAAGAGGGACAGAGGAAAAGGGGACACUGGAAUUGUACACACUCUGCUUGUCAUGCUCUGCUCUCAAUCACAGUAGAGGAGCAUUGGAGGUUGACAUGGAUGGGUUGAUGAAUAUCGGUGGCCUCGAGGACAGAGGAAAAAGACCUAGGAAGUACAUUGAGAAGAAACAACCUGGCAAACUCAGUUUUUUUAAUUUUUUUACAAUUAAAUCUCAAGAGAUGAAGGAGAAAAACAUUAAGGUGGAUGUUAUGGUUAGGAGACAGCUGGCUAAUGCAUGGAGGUCUAUGAAACCUGAAGAGAAGGCAAAGUAUGCUGCGUCAUAUCCAUGUGUUAAAGUUGGUUGUAGGGAAUUCAGACAUGAUUUUUGUGGAUUGAAACCUAUAAUCACCCAAUGUCGUCCAGAUGUUUUUAAAGAUGUCAUUUCAACAUUUUCUGAUGAAAGAAAAGCUGCAGUAGAAGAAAUGGGUUUUGGGUUAGUAUUGCAGCUUCGCUGUGACCAAUUGCAGUGCACCUUGUGCGGUUGGUUGGUUGAUAGAUUUGAUCCUGAUGCAUCUUCAAUUGAGGUACAUGGUAAGACAUUCAAGCUUAAACCAUCUGACUUUGAGAAUAUAAUGGGGGUCAAAGAUGGAGGACAUGAUGUUGAGCUAAGUGACUCAGAGGAUAACAACAUACACGGACUAAAGAUUAUCCGUUGUGGAAAAGAUAGAAGUCAAAUAAGUAUGAGAGAAAUAGCUAAGAGGUUGAGACAGACAAAUAUCGUCGAUGACACCUUUAGAGUUGGGUUCGUGUUAUUUUUGCUGGGCACCUUGCUUUGUCCUUCUUCAAUUAUAUUGGCUUCAAAGUACCUGCAACCAUUAAGGGAAACCAGUGAUAUAAAAUUCAAAAAUUGGGCGACAUUCUCAUUCAAAUAUCUAGUUGAAGGUGUUAGUUCCUUUAAGAAUAGAAAACGAUCCUGUGUGAUCAAUGGAUGUGUACUAUUCUUGCAGCUCUUUUAUUUUGAUCUCAUUGUUCAUGGAAGAACCUUUGUAAAUAAGUCGUUAGCACCCAUUGUUGCAUGGGGAGAUAAGGAGGCAAAUGAAUUAAUUAAGUGGAUCAGGACUCACAAAGGGGGUUUUGAAAGUGUGGACAUUACUGUUGUUUCUGACCGUACAGCCUUGAUCAGCAAGGAAGAUGAGGUGGCCCUGAAGAAUGGUCUUGGGAGUGUACACAUAAAGGUUACUGCAAAUGAACGGAUGCAGCGAAAGACAAAUGAUGAAAUGAAAGUGGCUGAAUUGGAAGCUAAACUUGACAGUGAGAUGAGCAAAAUUGAAGGCCUUACUUACUGGCAAGUCUUUCAAGCUACUAACAUUUUGGCUACCAGAUUUGACCUGCUGAGCGCGUUUCUUCCCAUGUCCCAGGAAAGGAAGAAGGAUUAUGUUUUAUAUCUCUUAGAGCAUGGCACCCAUGGCUUGUGAGUGAUAUACCAUUAUGGUUUUCACCUUUUGUUGUGGAUACAUCCAUAGUAAUUGAGCACUUUUUGUAGUAACCAUGCUUAAAAGGGAGUGUUAUACGUGCAUCUUUAUACUUGAGUAUUGGUGGGAGAACUACAGAUAUGUCUGCAUCUAAAGGUGUUGGUUCUAUGAAAUAGAUUAUCAGGUUUUGAAGCAUAUAAUUGUGGGUUCAUUGAAACAUGUUUCUAUAUAUACUUGUGAAUUAAGAUAAAAGUAAUUGGAAUGAGAGUGAGUUAAUGAUAUUUGUAGUCGGUAUUAAACUGAAGGCCUGAGAUGUUUUGGGAAUUUUAGUUGAAUGCAAAGAUUAAUUGAAGCAUUAAUGAACUUAUAUUAACCCAUUUGUUCAAAUGUUUAUAGAAGUCCACCUCCUACCAUUUUGUUGUCUUUUUUGAAACCAAUCUCCAAGCUUUGAUUCAAAACCAAGUUGAUUCAAAACCAAGCAAUUUCAAUCCCAGCUUUGGUUACUUGAUAUUAUAAUCAUCAGACUGAAGUACCCAAAUUCACCGUCGCAUAAGAUGUUGUCAAACAAUGCCAGACCUUGCUUGCUUAAUGGCUUUGAUGCCAAGGGGCUCCAUAUAAUGCCUGACUUACAUUUUUAGGAGCAUUGCUUGUUGCUUUUCACUGUGAACCCUACAAAUGAGGCAAUAACGAAGAGGGCUUUUGGUAUUCUGGUGGUUUAAGCAUCACAGUGAAGCAAAGAACAUUGAUUUCUCAAAGGGUUGAGGUAUGUCAGAUAUUUGAGUUGUUCUGCAAGCUUGAUAACUAGUCUGGGAAUCUUAGAACAUGGUCUCAGUUUAAAGCAGGGACUUCCAGUUCCAGAGAGAAAUUGGAUCACUGAAAAAGUUCACAGAGUUGGGAAAACCCUAAGGGAAUUGCUUGCAGUUAAAAAAGAAAAAGUCAACUUCUUGGUAACAUUUUCAUAACAGAAAUGCAAUCAUUAUAGUUCUUUUCUUGAUUAGUAGUUAUACCAAUUGUCCAUCACAAAUGAGAAAAGUGUAAUAAGAGAAAGCAAAAGAUAUGCCAUUCUUGUGGCCAGUAGGAUUCUUAUCAAUUAUAAUUUGGACUUUAUAGUUGAUUUGGCUCAUAAAAUAUAAUAAAAUAUGGAUUUUUCUGGCACUCUCAUUCCCUUAGUAUCAUACAGUACUGUUUUCAAGUACAUGGAUUUAGUUGUGAUUGAACAAAAAAAAGGUACAUGGAUUUAGUAUUGAUUUUGGUACUUUAUUAUAUGAGUACUGUAUGUUUGUUGAUCUAUUCUUACAUGCAAUCUAUAAAUCAAUCUUUCAUCUAUAAAGUAAAAUUUGUUGUCUGGUGUGAUACGAAAUUUUGGCUAAUUUCUGUUACAUAUGUGUUAAUAUUAUGAAUAUUAAGAAUUUCAUGAAAAUUAAAAAAAAAUUUCGGAAAAUUUCUGACAGAAAUUAUAUAACAUAUGAAUUUUAUUUCGGUAUUUCAAUAUUAUGGAAACAAUUUUCAAGAAAUUUCAAUCAUCAGACAUAUAAACCGACUCCUUAAAAAGGUAGCCAACAAUCAUGGUAAACUAGCUCAUACGCGGUACAAACUGGUCUACCAUUUCAAACUGAGAGAAACACAGAAAACGUAAUCAAAUCCCAAGAAAUAGAAACUAUAGAAAACCAAAUAUCUAGUUUGUUUCUCCUCCUCCUCUUCUUCUUCUUCUUCUUCGUAAGCUGCACUCUCCAAUCUUGGAAACUCGAUACGCAGCGCGCAGAUCACAAAUAUUUGGAGGACAAGUGUGAAAUACUGGAACUAAAUUUGAAGUAAUGAAGGAGCAAAACAUGCAGUUCUAAUGUGUUUGAGCAAUUUUUUAGGGGAUUACUUGCUGAAAUACUGGAAAUUUUCAUUUAUAUGCGGUUCAGUUGGGGUAGGAGUUUUAUAAGAGGUCUAUGAAACCCAACAAGAAGACAAACUAUGUUGUUGCAAAUCCAUCUGUAGUUAGAGUUGGUAGGAACAAUGUGGAAUAUGAGUUUGGUGGGGUAAAACCUAAAAUCUUGCGAUGCCGUCCAAAACUGUUUAAAGAUGUCGUUUCAAGAUUUUCCGAUGAAAAAAAAGUUGCAGUAGAAGAAAUGGGUUUUGGGCUGUUGUUGCAGCUCCAGUGUGAGCACCUGCAGCUUGGUUUGUGUGGUUGGUUGAUUGAUAGAUUUGAUCCCAGCAAGUCUUCCAUUGAGGUACAUGGCAAGAGAUUCAAUCUUGGUCCGACCGACUUUGAGAACAUAAUGGGGGUCAAAGAUGGAGGACAUGAUGUUGAAAUCCAUGGCUCAAAGGCUGACAUACAAGAAUUAAAGGAUAUCCACUUUGGCAACAGAUAUCGAAUAUGCAAUAUGAGUGAAAUAGCUGAGAAGUUGAAAGAGACGAAUAAUGUAGAUGACACCUUUAGAGUUGGGUUUGUUCUAUUUGCAUUGGCCACCUUUCUUUGUCCAUCUAGUUCAGGUGAUUUGACAGCAAAGUAUCUGCAUCCAGUAAGGGACAUCAAUGGUAUAAAAUUCAAAAAUUGGGCGACUUUUUCAUUCAGUUUUCUUGUUGAAAGCCUCAGUACAUUUAAGAAGAAAAAUACAACUUCUAUCGGUGGGUGUGUACUAUUCUUGAAGCUGUUUUACUUUGAUCUCGUUGUUCAUGGAAGAACGUUUGUAAAUAGAUCAUUGACGCCUAUUGUUGCAUGGGGGGAAAAGAUGGAAACAAAGUUAGUGGAGUGGAUCGGACAAAAUGGGGGGUUUAAUAAUUUGGACAUUGCUCUUGCUUAUGAUCGUAUUGCCUCAAUCCCAAUCAGUGCUGAUGAAGAUGAGGUGGUGGCUGUGAGGAAUGAUCACACAGAGGUUGCAACAGUUGAACCACAGUCACAACAAAAGACAAAUGACAUUACUCUUGUUUACAAGCGUAGAGCCUCUGCUAGUUUUGACAACAGUGUGGUGGCCUUAAGGAAUGAUCUCGCAAUGUUACACAAAAAGGUUACCAAAUUUAAACGAGCACUACGGCAAAAGACAAAUGAUGAUAAGGCAGCUGAACUGGAAGCUAAACUUGGUAGUGAGAUGAGCAAGAUUGAAGGCCUUACUUAUUGGCAGGUCUUUCAAGCCACUAAUAUUUUAGCGACCAAAUAUGAUCUGGUAACAAUGUUUCUUCCCAUGUCUGAGCAAAGCAAAAAGGCAUUUGUUCUAAAUCUGUUAGAGCAUGGCACCCAUGGCUUUUGAGUUCAUUAUGAGCUAUAUAUUUUAGCAACAUGACUAUUAGUUAGAGUUAUGACCUUUACCGGGAGUAUGCAUCAGCUUCGUGAGCUAAAUAUUCCUACCACCAAUUGGCCAGGGAAAAAAGAAAAAGAAGAACAGACACUUUGCUAAACUCUUGCCAUUGAUCAAGAGUCGUAUUGAUUUUUGGUAAGCACUUGGUGCACUUUUAAAUUCUCUCACAUUGAUUGUAAUCAGAUCAUGCUCUUGGUAUUGCUUGCAUUUGACUCUAACAAGUGCUGGAAAUUGACGACUUCGCAACUCUAUUUGAAAGACUCAAAAUCUCUUUCUUUCCACAGAAAAUAUAUGACCAAAUUGAUUAAACAUCUCCUACUCACAAGCCUCCAUAUCUAGCUUCUUGCUAUUGCUUGUUUCUAUCAAUUAAAUUGCUAGAAUCACAGAAUAUUGACUUGACAAAACAUGGUGAGAGAAGUGGACUGAAAGGACUUUGACACCAAUGCCAUCAUACUUGUACUUGCAGCCAACCAGAAGGAUUCAAAUCUCUAGCCAAGUCAUUUGGGACUUGAACGUGUCCUCAUAACCAUUAUUGCUUCGCUUCUGGUAGUGCUGAAGUUUCCAGCCAACUCCUUGUAACCAAUGUAACCAUGGCUGUGAGCAAACUAUGCUUUUCCAGUAAUAUACAAUAUGGUAACUUUUAAUUCCUUCAAGGUUGAUAUAAAUAUAAUCUAAGCGAUGCAGGGAUCUGCAGCGAGCAGGAGAGUUACCAUAGUGCGUAAGGAACAACGUGUACAUAUAUAGUUUGACAAAUUAAAAUGCCCUCGAACUGCUAAUUUUUUUUACUUCUGCUGCAUAUGUGAAGGAGCCUUUUCUCAAAUGGAAUUUUCCCGCGUUCAUAUGGGAUUUCCUUUUCAUUCUCUCAUUUUUAGGGUCAAGUCUGUAAACAUGCCAUCUCGGUCGAUGUAGACGAAAAGAGAUACUUUUAACACAUUCAUGAAUUGGAAUACAAAUACAAAAAUUUCAAUUUUAUUCUAGAUCAACAU